AUCAAGCGGGAAUUUCAAAACCUGUAAGGAAUUAAAAAUAGAGCCUUUUUGUGUUGGACUUUGAAAUCUGUACAAAUAAGUCCUCAAGAUUCAUUAGCACUUAUCUUUAAUCAAAGACGUUCAUUAAAACGUAACACAGAAAAUUUAACCUAGCAUUAUCUCAAAGAAGCACUUUAGUCGAUUGGAACUUGGAAUGGCACCAAUAAAAGAAAGGAAAAAGCACGAUAUGGAUAUUACAAAAACGGAGCGCAAACGUUGGAAGGAAAAAAAACUGUUAAAGAGUUUGGAAAAACACAAAAAAGAGAAAAUCCCAGUUCAGGAAUCAGAAAUUCCGCCGAAACUGAAAGAAUUGUCAACCGUAAGCAUAGCAUUACCAGGCUCAAUUUUAGAAAAUGCUCAAAGUCCAGCACUACGUUCGUAUUUAGCAGGACAAAUAGCACGGGCCGCUUGUAUUUAUCGUGUAGACGAAAUCAUUGUUUUUGACGACGGUCUUAAUCCAAACGCGAGAAAGUCUACUAUAAGUUUAACGGAUGGUGUCACAGAGAUUCCGCACUGCUGCGUUCAACUUGCGCGAACAUUACAAUAUUUAGAAUGUCCACAAUACUUACGCAAAUUCUUCUUCCCUGUGCACGAUGACUUACAGUAUGCAGGUCUGUUAAAUCCACUCGAUGCUCCACAUCAUUUGAGGCAGAAUGAUGUAUUUCUCUUCCGAGAAGGGGUUGUGACCACCAAACCAGUAAAGGAGGGCGAAGGAUCUAUUGUCAAUGUUGGGCUUUUGCAAGAUGUGCAUGUCGAUAAGUUGCUAACGGCCGGAUUACGUUGUACUGUUGAAUUAUUACCACAGAAUGAGGGGCAAAAGAAGCAGAAAGGAUUAGUGGUCCCUCCAAGUUCACCUUGUCGCAAAAGGGGAGUGUAUUGGGGAUAUACUGUGCGUAUAGCAACAUCCUUGUCGCAGGUCUUCUCUCAAUCACCAUACAAAAAAGGUUACGACUUAACUAUAGGUACAUCAGAUAAAGGAUCCCCCGUUAAAGAUUUUACGUGCCCUAGAUAUCGCCAUUUACUUGUGACAUUUGGGGGUUUACAAGGCUUAGAAGCUGCAUUGGAAAGUGAUGACUCUUUAAAAGUGGAUGAACCUCAGUUACUAUUUGAUCACUAUUUAAACGUUGCACCUAAUCAGGCGUCUCGAAUUAUUCGAACAGAGGAAGCUAUAUUAAUAACACUAGCACGAUUGCAGCCACUUUUAAAUCCAAAACGAGAUUAUAUACAAACUCAAACAGUCGAUUAAUAAAUUUAUUCGUAUAAAUAA